AUGAGGCCUAGACUUUCCAAGGGAAAUGCUUUGGCAUUGGUCUUGGGAACCUCCAGUGCCAAUAUCAUCAACUCUACCAAUGCCAGUUCCAUCAAUGAAACCCUCUCGACCAACAUCAUUAACCCUAUUAACAUUAUUAGCCUCACAACCUUUACCAACACCAAUCUCACCGGUUCUAUCAACAAGACCAUCUAUCCCAACAUUAUCAACUCUACCUAUCUCGCAACCUUUUUCAACCUCACAGACUUUAUCAGCGGUACCACUUCCAUCAACAAAAUUAUCUCUACAAACAUUAUCAAUUCUACCAACCUCAUAAGCAUCGUUUCACAGAAUUCACAAACAUUCCCAGUUUAA